UGAACAAUAACAAUAAUUUCCACGUUAGGGUUUUGUUAUUUCUACGUUUAACACACUGGAACCCAAAAUAUGACAAAUGUCACUACAGAGCAUCAAAUAUUUACUCCAGGUAGUGUUUAGUUCACGUUGGAGACAAGACUUGGUUGAUAUAUGUUAUCUAGGUAAGUCUAGCUAGCAAUGGCUAACUGUAACGGUAUGGUUUUUCACACUCAAAUAGCCUCCAUCAUGGAGGUUCUAGCAAAUGCAGCCGUGGCAGAGAUUUGUAAAGUCGUAGACGACGACUAUGCAGUGUUUCGUUUGGAAAUUUCUCAAAGCCAGAAAGAAAACAGGGCAUUGCGGAGGAAACUACAGCUCCUGGAACUGAAGGUGGCACGGGAACGCACAGAGAGGACAAUGCGAGAGCGCGUAUUCGCCAGUCGUGCCAGUACUUUCAACAUCCUCGACGGAUACAGAGGAAUGGCAAGAGGUGAAGGACAUCUCACUGGAGGCCACAGGAGCUUUGUGAAGCCAGCAGGACACAAUACAUGGAGAGAUGACAAACCAAUCACUGUUGAUGAGGGGAGGGGAACCUCAACCCAGCACGUUAUCAUGAUAGAGUCUGCAGAUGCAGAGGCUACAGGUCCUGGGGUCAAGCAGGAGAUGACUGAAGAGGAGGACCCACAGCACAGCGGAAACGUCCAGACUGGUGCGGCAGGAGAGCCCCCUGCAGCCACGGAGGACCCCACAACCGCCCCAGUGCAGCCCAGGACCCAACGCAGUAUCAUGGAGGACGCCGACAGGCCUCAAGACCCGUCUGAAGGUAUUGGACCCGUCUGA